AUGGCAGUACCGAAUACGCCCGAUAAGAAACCGCUCAAUGACCUCCUCGCACGCGUCCAAGCGCUCGAUUCUGCGAACAAGGAGAGCUCAAAGAGGAAGCGAGAGGAGAGGGAUGACAAGGUUAACAAGAGGGUGAAUGGGCUCGACGUUGAAAUGGGUGAAGAGAGUGAGAGAAUAGCUCAUGAGGGCGAUAACCGUGAUAUACAAAUAUAUCACGCUGCGCCUCCUAACUCCGCACAUCCCGCUCACUCCUCUGUCUUCCGCGCUACACCGGCAAAAUCUGGGCAGGCUGGGCAGUCUAAAACACCCCCAAAUAACCACAAAACACACACGCACACAGCGCGCACCACCCCCAAAACUACCCUCCCCAAGGAAGACGACGACGUCAUCGUGAUUGACAAUCUCACACCAAAGAAGCAGUACACGCCAAACAGUGCAACUUCGAACAAAUUCAGAGGCGGUAGGAUAUCGGAGGCGUACAAAAUGACUCCGAGGAGGAAGAUGACGCGUGAAAUGCUUAUGCCUGAGGAGAGCUUUGAGAAGGAGAAUGAGAAUGAGGAUGCGUGGUGA